CUUGACCAAUCAUAGUGUAGCAUGCCGGGUUGCUGAGUUCCUGGCGGCGCUUCCUGUUUCCUGGCUGACAGUCAGGAAGCAGCAGUGUAAACACACACUGUACCAAAGAUAGCGCUGCCCUAAACAUGGCGGGGAUUAAAGGUCUUGUCGCCUUAUCAUUUAGUGGAGCCAUUGGUCUAACUUUCCUCAUGUUGGGAUGUGCCUUACAGAGUUACAAAGUCUAUUGGCCCCUCUUUGUUUUGAUAUUUUAUGCUAUUUGCCCCAUUCCACAUUUUAUUGCCAAAAGAGUCGGUGAUGACAGCGACGCAGCGAGCAGUGCCUGCCAAGAACUGGCGUACUUCUUCACCACCGGGAUUGUGGUCUCUGCAUUUGGCCUUCCCAUUGUUCUCGCCAGAAUGAAUGUGAUCUUGUGGGGAGCAUGCGGCCUGGUCCUCGCAGGGAAUGCAGUGAUUUUCCUAACGAUUAUGGGAUUUUUCAUUGUCUUUGGAAGAGGAGACGACAUUAGCUGGGAGCAGUGGUAAAGCCCGGAAGCCUUCCAUAUUGUAUAGACAACACUAGUAUAUUGAUCCCGGCCAUGUCUCAUGUAUAUCUCAUGAUGAUAGAGAGCGGGGGAGGCCGGACGUCCGUUACCCACAUUUUUUGUUUUCUUUUUACCAUAUGUUUCAUUUUGUAAACUUUCCUCUUGUGAUAAAGCACUUUUUUGGGGUGACUUGCGUGUUUUACACACGUUUCCUGGGCUGACUUCUCUUUUAUAGAUGUAUACUGUGUUGAAUUUUGGAAUACCCAGUGUGUCGUUUCUACUGCUUUUGAUGUCUUUUUCUUUUUUGUUGGAGCAGAAGCACUUUUACAGAUUUGUAACUUACAGUUUAUGCAUAAGGAAAAAAGAAAUAAACAACUGAGUUUUUCGUAUAAUC